CAUGUGUGGUAAAGAGGCGCAUACAGAGGUUGCUGCUACUGGGGAGAUAAGAUAUUGUAUUGCUCAAGUGAACAAUGGCCUCUGCUUCUGCUACUUUGCUCAAGUCAUCCCCUGUUCUUGACAAGUGUGAAUGGGUGAAGGGCCAGACCCUGCGCCAGCCAUCAUCAUCAGCGUCUGUUGUAAGAUGCAACUCCACCACCAACCCAUCAACCCUCACCAUCCGAGCUGGUUCCUAUGCUGACGAGCUCGUCAAGACCGCGAAAACAGUGGCCUCACCAGGGCGAGGUAUUCUGGCGAUGGAUGAGUCAAAUGCAACAUGCGGGAAGCGUUUGGCCUCAAUUGGGCUGGAGAACACCGAAUCUAACAGGCAGGCAUACCGUUCACUCCUUGUGACAGCUCCUGGUCUUGGUCAGUACAUCUCUGGUGCCAUUCUCUUUGAAGAAACUCUCUACCAAUCCACUAUUGAUGGCAAGAAGAUUGUCGAUAUCCUUGUCGACCAGAAGAUUGUUCCUGGUAUCAAGGUCGAUAAGGGUUUGGUGCCACUAGCUGGUUCCAACGAUGAGUCAUGGUGCCAAGGUCUGGAUGGUCUUGCCUCUCGCACAGCUGCAUACUACCAGCAAGGUGCCCGUUUCGCCAAAUGGCGUACUGUUGUGAGCAUCCCCAACGGUCCCUCUGCUCUGGCAGUCAAGGAAGCAGCCUGGGGUCUGGCUCGCUAUGCUGCCAUUGCACAGGACAAUGGAUUGGUCCCAAUUGUGGAGCCAGAGAUCUUGCUUGACGGUGAGCAUAGCAUUGACAGGACUUUCGAAGUAGCCCAAAAGGUGUGGGCUGAGGUUUUCUUCUAUCUUGCUGAGAACAAUGUCCUGUUCGAGGGUAUUCUUCUCAAGCCUAGUAUGGUUACUCCUGGAGCUGAGUGCAAGGAAAGGGCCACUCCUAAGCAAGUUUCUGACUACACCCUCAAGCUCCUUCAUAGGAGAAUUCCCCCUUCUGUCCCUGGAAUUAUGUUUUUGUCUGGUGGACAAUCUGAGGUUGAAGCAACCUUGAACUUGAAUGCUAUGAACCAAUCUCCAAACCCAUGGCACGUUUCAUUCUCAUAUGCGAGAGCACUCCAAAACACCACCUUGAAGACAUGGGGAGGACGCCCAGAGAACUUGAAGGCAGCACAAGAUGCACUCCUAUUCCGUGCCAAGUCCAACUCACUCGCUCAGCUUGGAAAGUACACCGGUGAGGGUGAAUCUGAGGAAGCCACCAAGGGAAUGUUCGUCAAAGGCUACUCCUACUAAGAUGAUCUUAGCAGUGAAUAUGAUACAUGUUAGGCAGCACCACCAACACCAGUGAAAGAGAACGUGUUUAGUGGUGGAUGGAAGACUAGUUCCUCUUAAAUGUACUGUGUUAUGGUUUAUAGUCUUGGACACUAUUUUUAUUCAUGAUUACGUCUACCUUUUCAACUGAAUGAACUUCUUGUUAAUGAAUUAAGAGCAUUGUACUUGA